CGCGGCCAUGGUGGAGCGGGGAGACGAGGCGCCGUUGCUCUUCUGGGCCGAGGGCCCCGCCGCGUCGGCGCCGCCGCCGGCUGAGGCGGGCGUCGGGCGGCGACUCGGCGGCGGUUGGAAGGGGGCUCGGUGGGGCGGCGAAGAGCCGGCGGAAGCGGGGGAGCCGCCGCGGGUGGAAGCGGAGGAGGAUCAGAUCGUGGCUGUCUUCGUCGUCACCUUCGACCCCCGCACGGGCAACAUGGUAGAGUGGUGCCUACCCCAAGAUAUUGAUUUGGAAGGUGUGGAAUUCAAAUCCAUGGCAAGUGGGUCCCACAAAAUCCAGUCAGAUUUCAUUUAUUUCCGGAAAGGGCUGUGUUUUGGCCUGGCCUGCUUUGCCAACAUGCCUGUGGAGAGUGAGUUAGAGCGUGGUGCCCGCAUGAAGUCUGUGGGGAUUCUCUCCCCUUCCUACACCCUGCUCUACCGGUACAUGCACUUCCUGGAGAACCAGGUCAGACACCAGCUGGAGAUGCCAGGGCACUACUCCCAUCUAGAGGCAUUCUAUGAUGACAAGAAAGGAGUUCUCCCUGACGGCAAGGGCACCCCCACCUCUCAGCAACCUGUCCACUGGCUGCCAUCCAUCCACAGAUACAUGUACCCGGAGAUGAAGAUCACACACCCUGCUGGCUGUAUGUCUCAGUUCAUCAAAUUCUUCGGGGAGCAGAUCCUUGUCCUCUGGAAGUUUGCCCUGCUGCGCAAGCGCAUAUUGAUAUUUUCACCGCCCCCAGUUGGAGUUGUCUGCUAUAGAGUGUACUGCUGCUGUUGCCUUGCCAAUGUUUCUCUACCUGGUCUUGGAGGAACUGUCCCAGAGUCCAAACCAUUCUUCUAUGUGAAUGUGGCAGACAUAGAAAUGCUGGAGACAGAAGUCUCGUACGUGGCCUGUACAACAGAAAAGAUCUUUGAGGAGAAACGGGAUCUCUAUGAUGUCUAUGUGGACAACCAGAACGUGAAGACCCAUCACGAACAUCUGCAACCACUCCUGAAAAUUAACAAUGCUGAUAAGGAGAAGUACCGACGGCUCAAUGAUCAGAGGCAGAUGUUAAUGUAUUCUCAAGAAGUGGGUGAAGACUGUAGCUCCUGUGAAGAGGACCUUUUCAUCUUGUUUUUCAUGGAGCAGAACAACCGCAUAUUUCAGACGCUGAUGGAGGUGUCGGCCAGCCAGGACAAGACCCUGACAGCUGACCACGCACGAGGCAUGGGCCUGGAUCCCCAAGGGGAUCGAAGUUUCCUUAUGGACCUGCUGGAAGUGUAUGGCAUUGAUGUUAUGCUAGUCAUUGACAACCCCUGCUGCACUUAAACUGAGGGCAAGAGAGAUGAGGAGCAAAGAUCACUUUUAAAGACUACCAGACAUUGCUUAGGAGGAUCACUGGAACUCACCACAGCCACUGGAUGGAUCUAAUUUUAUUUAAUAACUUUAUAUGGAGAAUAUUUAUAAUUUUAAAACAAAAUGUGAUUUUGUUUUCUCCCCCUCAACUUGCCAAUGAGUACCUCCUCCAGGUUUUUUUGUUGUUGUUUGUUUUUGUCUCCCCUUUCUCUUUCAUUUGUGUCUUUUUAUUUUGUUUAGAUAGGACCAGUGGCACCUUUGCACCAAUCCUCACUGUUGCCAGUAUAGCUAGGUUUUGGCCUAGCCUGGAUACCUGGGGGCUGACAACUUCAGGAAAGCACUUUGUCUGAUGGGGACCAAUGUGAAAUGCUGUAGCUGAGCUCUCAAGACUUGACUUGAAAACCCUCCUAUCAUCUCCUCCUCUGCUUGGGGCCUGAAGAGAGCUUCAGCACAGGCUGUUAGUGGCCCAGUCUCAUAAAACAUCUCCUGUCCUACCACGUUUAUUGGUAGGGACAGUCAAACCAAUGAUAAAAACCAGGACUCCUUUAAACACCCCUCACCCAACUUUUAGCAGCUGAGUUGGAAUAAAGUCACCCUUCCUCAUCAAUGACAGAAGCAAGUUUGGGAUAAGGGGGUGCUACAGGAUCUUAAGACUUUACUUACUGGAGCAGCACAGUUUCACUUCCAGCAUUUGAGGUGGUAUAAACUGGCAAAGACUGUACCUACCCAUCUCAUAGCUGGAGAAGAGCACCAUCUCUACUUAAACCUUCCUUCCACUUCCUCUGGUUUUCAGUUGCGUCACACCUGCUGCUUUGGUUCAAAAUCUUCAAACCAGCAAGACGGUCUCCUGUUUAACAGGGGCCAACAUCACUGAGCCACCUUGCAGUUGCUACGCUCUCCAGCCUCAGCUCAGAUGGUGCUGGGCAGGAUUGGGUUCAAUAAGUAUGCUUUAACUAAUGUCACUAGCCCUUCCUUUGUUAGCAGGUAGUACUUAUCACUCUUUUGCUUUAAUGUUGUUUGCUGAGCCUCUGCGCCUCCUUUUGUCACGCAGCCUUCAGCACUGCCUGCCGCUCUCCUUGGCUUUACGUGAGACCAAGAGCAGUAUGUGACUCUUCAGCUGGACCAGCUUUGCAGUUUGCCAGCAGUUCCUUUAGGGCUUGGUGUUCUUAACUGGCACAGCAAUUCAGACAGAAGCACUGUCUAACAGCAAGCCUUUUUUUUUUUUUCUUUUUUUCCCUGAGCAGAGAAGCUGUGAAACCAGAUGAACGGUGUUUCUCAUUCUUGUGCUGUGGAAAGACUAGGAUUCAGUUCAUGCAGGGCCAGUGGUUCCUUCCAGGAAGGCUAUCCCUGUAAGAGUAAUCCUUUCGUCCUGCUAAAUCCAAGAAUGGUACUGUGGGUUCUAGGUGAGACAUACUGCUUUGCCCUAAAUCCUUCAGGCAGUAGUAGCAUCAGCUUUAAGCUAACUGUUCUUCCUGAACUGUGGCUAUAGCUAAUUAGCUCCUGCUUCUACCAUAAUAGACUUCCAGCACCCUUAGAGCCAUUCAGCAGUUUGUAGAAAUGCAAACUGUAGCUGAUGUAUGCAUUAAUCCUCGCAUUUCAUAGGAUGAGACAGAGCCCGACCCACCAAAGUCUCACCUGCCAAUUCUUUUUAAAACAGGUGAAGCAAGCGUUCUCCAAGUAGGCCCUCUGCAGAUUGUCUCCCUUGGGAAGGAAGGAGGCUGGCAUGUCCUGGUUUUCCUUUGAAGGCAAUCUAUCUGCAGCCAAAGGGUAGUUCUGCUUGCUGUGGAUUCAGAGGUUUUAGUGAGGUGUGGGAUCAGGGACCUCUCAAGGCUUAUUGCGCAGUUCAUUGCUAUGAGCUUCAGCAUAUGAUGUUCCUGUGACCUGCUUGUCUCUGAGCAGUCACUCCCUUGCCUGCUUUUUCAGGGCUUCAGAUGUUUUUGUACAGGAGAAAUCAUGCUGCUGCUUAUAUUGCCAGUUGCUCACAUCUGUAACAUACAUCACUUAGAAGGUUGGGGAAAAAAAAUCGAGCAAGAGGACAAAACAAGGCUGAAUAUCACUUAAUGGAAAGACCAGUCCCUUUCCUUAAGGGAAGUCUUUGUUUUUAAAUUGACACCUCUAGCCUAAGAGUGACCCACAAUCUCCAUGCUUUUUUCUAACUUCCACUUUAGUUUUAACACGCUGUCUGCAGUGAAGAUCACUGAGGAAAUCUAGCUGGCACUGUAUUGCUCUCACUUACUUAACUUCCUUCAGAUGUAAAAAAAGGGAACUCUAGCAAUUCUUUCACUUUCUUGAAGGUUUAGCUGUGGUCAGCUGUUAAUGACUUUCUGUUCCCUUUGAUAGCAGUAGUUCUUUUGUUGAACUGAAGAGGAACAAAGCUUUAAUUUGUCGUUGAAAUUCUAUGGCCUCUGCAGUCAGAGGCUUUCUAACACCCUGCAUUAGAGCGCUGUGUUCACAAGCUGCCAGGACAUUAGGCCUCCUAGACAGCACUGCUAGGGCCCACUGAGCGGAACCUCCUGAAAUUACUAUUUGACAUUUAUUUAACUUCUGCUUUCCAGAAACCAGGUCUUCAGUUGCUAGCAGUAUGGUGAGUGCAGAAGCAUCAAAGCCAGCAGAUUACUGUAAAAGUAGCUUCCAUGCUACAUCGCGGCUGGAUGCCUGCAGCCUAUUUUGCUCUUCCUUGUAAUUUUGCUUCUCUACAGCCUCUCUUGGCAGGUGACUGCUACAAAAGACAGAAGACGUAACAAAAAGACUUCUCUGUCCUAACCCUUCCUCGUUUGAGUUGCUGCACAAGAACUUCCCACCUGCGCUACUUUUCUAAUAGAUACUGCUUUUGCUGUUGCCAUAAUUGGGUACAUAAUACAAACAAAUGGCUACAGCUUGGGCCACAAGGGCUUGUUCAGCAGGCUGGGUUUGUUUGGAACCAACUUCACUGCAUCUUUUCUCUCUGGGGGAUAACGUAAUUCAAGGUAAAACACUUAAGUGUAUACAUUUCAAAUCCCCUCCUUGGCACUUAAUAGUUGCUUUUUAGAAUACUAGCAGCUGGAAUGGAGACAGUUACUUGGUGUAUUUUGAAUUAAAAGAGGGAGGAAAGUGUGGCAUAAGUUAGGAUGUUGUUGAUUAGUGCAAAAAUCCUCUUCUCCAUUGGAAGUGCUUUUCCUUUACAGUGGUGCCUUCCAUUUCUUUGGUCUGAUGUCUCUGGUCAGUUGCUUGUGAUCAGAGCCCAAGUUGAAUGGUGGUUACAGUAACCAUGUCUAUAUCCCGUGCCCUGACAGACACAGUCUGGUACGUUCCUCUCUUAACACCAAAGCUGUAGUACAGCCAUUGAAGGUUCUCAGUUGGGACUUGCUUGAGUUUAAACAGGAGAGCGAGAGCUUUGUAGCUGCAUCUUAACACAAGCUGCAUAGAAACGUUUACCUAAGUAAUGAAUUAUUACUACUUGUACUGUCUGGAUUGGAGGGUAAAGCUUAAGAGAGAAAUAAAAGGUAGGUUUUCAAUCUGGACAAGGGAUACCGUGCCAGACACUUAAAUCAUGCAGUGGUCUUCUCACUGCAGGGCCAAGCUGCACAGAGCCAAGUACAACUAACUAUCAUGGAUAUUAAGAGAAAGGCGUGUUACUGAAUUAGAGUUCAGGCUUGUCUUAGAGACACACCAAUACCUUCUUUUCUAGCGUAUAUGAAGUAGUUACUGCAAUGUAUGUUAGAGCUAAUGGUCACCUGUGUCACAGGAGAUGAGCUCACCUAUCCAUCGUCCUUAAGGAAAGAAGAAAGUCCCAUCACCUUUUCAUGGGAAAGUAGCUUACUGUACAGCUUACUCUGUUAAGCAGUGCUACUGCAGUACUUCUCUCCUUCUAAGAGCUGCCAAAGUUCUUGGGCAAAAAGCUAGGAGUAGCACUGGCCCUCUCCUGGUGACAGACUGUGCAAGGGACAGGUGUGCUUUGCUUUGGGAGGGGGAAAGGCAGUGGUUUCUGGAAUAGCAGGGCCAGAGCACCCAAUGCAAAAGUCUAGGUACAAAGCACAUGUACUAACCCAGAUUCAUCACAGCUAUUCUCAGUCAGCUGCUGUCUCCUUUCCACUCCUCCUUGCCACCCCUGCACAAGCUAGUGGUCUAGUGAUUAUGGGAGAAGACAACAUACAUGUCUUUUGUGAGGGACUGGAAUGUAGUGACUUAACAGAACGUGUCUGUCUAAAAUAGAGGGUGCUAAAUGCCUACGAACCAGGAUUUCAGGUCCUGGUUAAUGCAACAUGCCAUUCACAUGGGAAUGUUUAAUCGUGGUUUAAAUAAACAGGUGCCUUGGGCUGGUCCAUCAUGAGGUUGUUAUCCUUCCUUUUUAAUUAUGUUACAGUAUUUUAAAUCCUUCUAGAAUGGACAGUAAGUAAGCCAGGGUAAGUGUUUUCAUGAGUGGAACCUAGGAUUCUUACUCCUGCUUCCUGUCUUGGAGUUCAUACAAAGAAAGCUGUUUGUCUACUGUCAGACAGAAUCAUGAGAACUGAGCCCUUUCCUCAACGCUGUAGAUAGAGGGUUCAGCCCCUGCUUAUUUUAUGUAACUUUUUCCUCACACCUCCCCUCUGAAUAUUGCAAUUCCAAGGUCCAGAACCACUCCACCCUGGAAGACCUCUGAACUGUAGAGGAAGGGGAAAAAUGACUGGACUGGUAUUUAUAUAAGCUAUUCAACUUAUGCUGAUAUGAGUAUUUAAAUAUCAGCCUGUGUCUCGGGCAACCCUUGGUAUUUUAACAUCAGAGCACCAUUUAGAAGACCAAUUCUGAAGGGAGCUCUUGGUUACCCUCAAGCAAGGAAUCCCAUUGCAAUGGGAGCUGUGUGUCUGAUACUAUGGAAGAGAAUUAGUCAUUUUCCCUGUAAAAUGGUACAGAUGAACCAGAAGCUAGUUCUUAUCAUCUCACCCCUUGCAGCAGGCUGGUUGUUAGUCCUAACAGCUCUGAUGUUGUUUGCAUCUUGCAGAUGUGUGGUUGCUCCCAUAGGCCUGUGGCUGUGUAGAGAAACUGCUUACUAAAACAUGGGUAUUUUUUAGAUACAAUUAAAGCUUACCUUUUUGAAAUGGUUGCUGCCUUGUCUUUCCUGCCACUUGAGCAGAAGCAUUGCUAAUUUUAUUGGAGAAGCAUCAGCUUGAUGAAAAACUCAGUUGCUGAGAAGCGCCUCCAACUGAGCCAGCGGCUGCAGAGCAACGUUCGGGGUGUCUCUGUGGCAAGCAAAAAGAGCAGAGCACAGCCAGCAUGUUCCUGGAGAGUACCACAGGGGUGCACUGGGCACCAAUUAACUGCUGCAGGACAGAAGGAAGACAGCACAAUAUAGGCCCUAUCACCAGCAUAACUAUUAAAAAGAACUAGCAGGCUUCUACUCCUGUAGGUCUUGGUCAAGAACGGGAUGAGCGCUUGCCCCAGUAGCUUAGGUAAUUAGUUUCUCCACAGUGUAGUCAAGGGAAGGACAGCAUUCAGUUUGGCUCUGGCAUCAUCACCCAGAAAACCCAACUCUACUUCCCCUUUCAAAGCAUUUUUGCUUUAGCAAGUCUCCAGCAGAGGAUGCUGUUGCAGCAGCAUGUGAUGAGGAUGCAGUCCUUAAAUUCCAACAAAGCUGCUUCAAGUCAAUUCACUAAUGCCCUUAUUUUCAUUACAGCAAAGAAUCAACAGAUGAACUUAAGAGUCGUUCACAGCAUAAUAUGGGGACUAUGUACAAACAACAGUCACAUGACAAAAAUAUGGAUCAAUUUUUUUUUUUUCUCCCAGUAAGCAAGGCAGAAUCAUGCAAACUUGUAAGUUAUUAUAAGGGAAACAGAUAACCUUGCCCAAGUCAA